UUAAUGUCAGUGACGGGAGAAGAAGCGUAGUAAACCGAGGUCGGGCAAGAUUUCCGGGAGUUCAAAUUAGGGUAUAUUUGGUUGCGGCAAAUAUUCCCGAAGACUGUAAAUAUUCCAGUCACUAAUUAUGGUAGGAUCUCAUAUCUAAGCACAUCACAAACGAAAAAUUGUACAGGUGAAAGUUUACAAAGGAAACACAAAAGAUACGCUAGUACAGAAGAAAAAAACUGAAGUCAUGGAUGAAGAUUUACUUUGCUACACAGGAUCAAUGCCCAAUUUUGCUAAUAUAAAAAUAGCAGAUCUGUUGGAGUGUGGAAAGUGUGGAGCAGUUUUCAAUAAUAUUCAUCAUUUCAUUGAUCAUAAAACCUCAGCAUGCAAAUCAUUAGAAGGUGCUAUAUCAAUAACUGAAAGAGUUUCGAGAUCUAGAGGUCAUUUAUCCAGAGAAUAUAAAAAGAAAUCUCCAAAGCUAAAGACUGGGCCAACUUCUAAAUGGAAAAUUAAACGUCAUGCUUCAGCAGCUAAAACUAGAUCAGCUAAGUCUGGAUUUUGUGGAAGAGUAGAUAAGACAAAAAUAACACUAUCUAAGCAGAAAGACCAGCAGCAGUUGUCUGCUGGGAGAUUGACCACUCCAAGCUCUAGUGACUCAGGUACCUCAACAAAUGUAACAGUUUCCAAGAGAAAAAGUUUGGAAAUAUCCAAUCUGAAAAGGGGUGCAUAUAAAACAGGUUCAUUAUCUUGUGAGUUGGAUGCUGCAACAAGUAGAACUCCAAAGGUAAGAAAGGUAUUCAAAGUAGAGAAGAUCCUUGACAAGAGAUAUGUUAAAGAUGAAGUGGAAUAUCUCAUUAAGUGGGAAAAUUAUCCGGAAACUGAAAACUGUUGGGAACCUGAAGAAAGUAUUUUAAGCAAGGACCUUAUAGAAGAAUAUGAACAAAGUAUAACCUCACCAAAAAAAAGAAAAAAUGAAACUUGUGAUACACCUCCUGUGGAGUUGAAGAAAUUCAAGAUGGAAAUGGAAAACUGUGUGGAAAUUUCUCAGAAGCAAUUACUACUGAUUAAAGAUAAAUCUAAUUUGUCAUCUCAAGAUACUUCAGACAAAAUGAAAGAUACAGAUGUUUCAAAAAUAGCAGAAGUUCAAAAGGAGGAACAAAUAAAUUGUCUAUCCAUUUCAAAAGCAAAUGAAAUUAAAAAAAUUGAAGAUGUUCAAGUUCCAAUAAAUGAAAUAUUACUGCAUGGUGAUAAAAGUGAUUAUAUAGUAACAGAAGACCAUAGUGAAUCAGUGAAAACUGAACAAACCCAGGUGUCUGAAGAGGAUAGUCGUAGUAGACGCUCCACUAGUCGAGUAGCCAGAGAUUUUAUUAAAUCUCUCUGCCAAGGGAUCCAAGACACAAAAAAUGUUGAAAAACCAUGGGAACAAGAGAAUACGAGUUUAAAAAAAAGAGGAUUUGAAAAUUCGUUUCAGAAUUUUAAUUUGGGAUAUGACUAUGAAAAUGACUCUUCAGUCAUUUUUAUUCCUUCUCCUAACAUUAAUGUUAAAUAUUCAAUCAGAAAGUUAUUUUCUUAUUUGAUACUGGAUCCUAGGAAGUCGAAGUCUUAUCUUCUGGGACGUAAUGCCAUGUAUCGUGGGAAGGAGGAUCAUCAAAACAAAGACUUACUUAGCCUUCUCAGCAGUCAUGUGAAGAAUCUGUACAUAAAAAUGAAGCGUGAAUCUGUACAUAAAAGUUCAAGGGGUAGGGGCCGAGGAAGACCAAGAGGUUCAGGCCGUGGUGGAGGAAGAGGAAAAACAAAAGAACAAGGCAGUAUAGUGAUGGCCUCUCUUGAAAAUGAGAGUCAUUAUUUUAGUCCAACAGGGAAAGGGAUGGAAUCUGAAUUUUCAACAAGAAAACUUAGUGUUACUCGUGGAGCCAUAAGGUCAAGAGGUCGAGGCAGAGGAAGAGGACAAAAUGUGAAAAAAAGCGAUAGAGAAAAUGUGCAUAUCAAAUCUGAAUAUAAAAGAAGUUCUAAGGAUGAUGAAGUUGUAAAAAUUGGAAUAAAGAAACACAAAACAAACGUAUCAAAAACACUUUCUUCUUUGAAAAAAGGACGUGGAGGAAAAGUUGCUUCUUUUUCUUCAAAAGUAGUCCAAUCUAAGAUUCUUUCAGGUGAUAAUCUGUAUCAUUCAGAAACUACUGUCAAAAGAAAAGUUGGAAGACCACCAAAGAAACCAAAAGACCAAGGCCCUGGUCCAUUGUCUAAUCAAAGUGGACUGCCUCCUCACUUAGUGGGGCCUCCCCCAUCAGAAGAAUUGUCUUGGGAUGAUGAAAUAGGAAAUCAGCAUAAAAACCGUAUUUUUGUGUCAAUGCCAGAUAAGACUGUGAUGGAAGUAAGGUGUUCUGACACACAAAAAGCCUUGCUGAAAGCAGAGUUAGCCUUUAGAACUAUGACAAAUUCUAACUUGCCUCAGGAACGUAAUACCAUUGGCUUGCCUAGACUAGAAGAAUGUACAUUUGACCCUGCUGAGGAUACUUCCAUGUCAAAAUUGCCUAACACUGUUUUGCUUAUUGAAAGUGAAUUACCAGUAGAAGAAGCAGAAAAUAAAGAUGAAUUUGUGGGAGUUUACUUAUUUUCUCAGGUUUUUUCUCCCAAUGAAAAAAUACAGAAUUGCAUGAUUUGCCCCGAAAAAAUACAAUUAAAAACCGUCCGAGACCUGGAUAGACACUACCGCAAAGUUCAUGAUCUUGUUUCUACCAUCAUUAAAGCCCAGUAUAAUGAAAACUGUGUGUUUGUAUGCAUGCCUUCAAAUGUGAAUGAAAGCACUGUUUUAAAAUCUAAGUGUCGGUUUUGUCAGGCUCUUUUGAGAAACCUUAAUCAAGUUGAAGAGCAUUAUUCAUCUAUCCAUGGAAAAAUUGUGCGUAAUAUUCCAGAAUCCCAGAUUACGUUUUUGGGAAGGUUUUUUUAUUGUAGUUUGUGUUCAUACCCAUCAUCAACCAUUACUUCUCACCUAGACCACAUGAAAACUGUCCACAGUAUGAGAACUUUUGUCUGCCGUUUUUGUAACUUCUGCACAUCUCAGCCAUACAAAUUAAGGCUUCAUGUACGGCAGAGUCAUUUUGCAUCAAUUGUGGAUUCUAAGUGCCCUGCUUGUCAGAUACAUUUCAAGGAAAGAGAAGAGUUAGUUACACACAUGCAGAAGGCUCAUGCUGUGCAAACUGCACCACAUGUUUGGUCAUGUUCGAAGUGUCAUUAUCCCUGUGAAGAGGAGAACCAAUUGGCUGAUCACCUUGCCCUUUGUGGAAAUUCACAAGCAGUGGUAUCUACCAAGAGACCAGAAACAGAUAAUCAAGGUGUACCAAAUGUUGGAGUUGGAACUGUUUUUUACAAGUGUAGUCGGUGCUCUUUAACUUUUACAGCUGAAGAGGAAAUUAAGAAACACAUGGAGGAAGGUAGACACAUGUCAUCUGAUAACACAGAAAAAAGAGAUACUCAAUUCUCCUAUGUGCAUGGUACUUCAUAUGGUACAGUGAAAACUGAAAGCACAUGUUUUGUGUGCUGCAUGAGAUUUUCAACAGCAUCUAUGUGUCAUGAACAUCAAAAACAUGUUCAUAUGCGCUGGGUUGACAGAGAAGCUCAAGAUCAUUCUGAGGAAGAAUUCACUGAUGCUGUUAGUAAUAAAGCUCAUGAAGAGUCAAACAAUGUGGCUGAUUUUGAUAAUUCCAAUGACUAUAUUGAUUCAAAUAAACUAUUGCAGUCAAAUACAAAUGCAGAUGAUAUCCUCCUUGUUUCAUCAUCAGCCAUGGAAAAUAAGAAUUCUGUUAACAGCACAGAAAAGGAUGCUUCAACUGAUAAAGAGGAGGAGGAUGGAGGUUUGAACUUGGAAUUCAGUACAUUAUUGAGUUCGAAAGCAGAUGAUCAAGACGACAGAAACUUAGUCGAGAGAGUUUCACAAACUGCAGAAGUUUCAACAAAUCAGAGUUAUGAAGAAUCAACAGAAACUUUCUCAUAUGAGACUAUAGAAAAUGUUGAGUCAGACAUUGAGGAAUGUAGGAGUCAAGUUUUGGAUCAUAUUUCAAAUGCAGAUAUUCUGAAAACUCAGCAGAAUGGACUACAAGAAUCAUCAUUUGAUGUUAGUAUAGAAGAAAAAAUUGGAGAUGAACAAGAUACUAAGAAAAAUGAAUUAAUUUUGAUCAAGGAUGUGCCAACUGAUAAACAGUUGGCUGAGCUAUGUUUCCCUAAAAAAGUUGGCCAUUACUGCCAUUUAUGUGACAUAGUAAUCCAAAGCUAUCCUCUCUAUUACAUGCACAUGUACAAUGUCCACAAACUAGAGAAAAGAUUUCAGUGUAUUAUUAGUGACUGUAAACGUACCUUUUGCAAUGUUACAGCAUUUCAGUGUCAUGCUCAGAAACACAACCAAAAAUCAGAGAGUUUCUGUAGUUUGUGUGACAUGGUGUUUGAAGAUAGCAGGGACCUAAAAGAUCACAUGUUCAGUCGAGAGCAUGGUACAAAAUAUAUAAAGACUCAGGAGAAGUAUUUUCAUAGUGAACCCCGCAAUUACCGUUGUAAGGUAUGUCUUACAUGGUUUGGAUUGUUUGCAAUCUUUGUUAAACACAUGGAAACAGAGAGUCAUCAGUACAGGUGUAAGUAUUGUGGACUGAGCUUUGUUCAGCCUGGUCCCCGAAGAAACCACAUUCAGAGUGUUCAUCCUGAAAUGGCUAAUGUUUGUGAAAUUUGUGGUGUAAAAAUGGAAAGCUCACAAGCAUUGUGGAGUCACUUGUCUGGCCAUAAGAUUGUGCAUGAGUGUCCAAAGUGCCGUCGUCGGUUUUUACAAAAAGAGCAACUCAAUGCUCAUAUGGAAGUGCAUGAUCCUCCUGUACCAUGUCCAUGGGAAGGAUGUAACAAGAAGUUGUCCUCAAAAAUGGGACUUUAUAAUCACAUGAAGUCUCACCAAGAAAAACGUGAUUUUGAUUGUUCUCACUGUGGUAAAGCUUUUUUCAAAAGACAACAACUAGAAAAACAUUUGGAAGUUCACAGAGAGAAAGUUCAGUCUAAAAAGGCCAUAUCUGGAUCUUGUACUAAAAAAAAUAAUGAACAGUUGGUGAAUGAAGAAUCAAGCAUCUCUCUACAACGUGAGGGGGAGCAGCAACAGCAGUCAGAGGACAUAGCCAAUAAAGAACUCAUCCAGUUAAUUUGUGCAUCAUGUCACAAUGGUUUUGACUCUGAGGACCAAUUUGCUAUCCAUGUUUGUUCUAAGUAGGUGUUCACAGUGAUGCAGCUGCUAUAAGUGAUUGGGAGGUGCAGUCUUGGGUUAUGGCAUUUUAGCAUUAACUUUGUAGAAUUUACACAGAGACCAUACUAGCAAUCAUUUGGUAAAACGUACGUGUCUGUCUGUUCUUCACUAAGUUACACUGCACUUGAUGAUUUAUUGGGAGAUUUGUUGAUUUUAAUUUUAAGAAAAAGUGAAGUUUAAAUGUUACACAGAAACUUUUGUGUAAUUUAUGUGAUUUUCAAUUACACAUGACUGUCAUUCAUUGUGUUUUUAAUGACAUUUCUGGAAUAUGAAUAUUCAUAUUUCCCGAACACCUGGGAAGAAAAUGAAUGUCUUUUACCAUUUCUUUCUCUUUGAGUAAUUGAAAAUUAUGAACAAAAUAUAGUUAGGGAUAUUGUAAGAAUAUAAAUAUUGCUUGGUAUAAUGAUAUUCAUUGCAAAGAUCAGAACUAAUUUUUAAGUUGAAUAUAAGAGAAGAAAUUGUUUUUAUAAGCUUUGUAAAAAAUUAUUAUUGAGUAACUGUCAAAUGAAAAAAAGACCAGUACUAACAUAGGAAUGAAAGAAUAAAACUAAAUCGAAACAAUAUUUUGAAAUAAGGGAUGCUACAGUGUUUGGAGUAGGUUCAUUUGAUAAGUGAUUACAUUUCCCAUUCAGAUUAAAAUUGUGGGUGAUUCUUAUAGUAUUAGAAAGAAGUAUGGAUAUAGUGUGUUGGAUUCAUAACAGUUGUUAUUUAAUUGAAACUGUGAAGUAAGAAAACAAAUGUGAACAGUUCUUACAAUGCAGAAUUAAACAUUUUUUAAAUAAAUCUAAACUGCAGUAUAUAUAUUUGACAUGGAGGUGAUAAACUCUCAUUUUGCUUUUCUCUUUCACAUACUGUUAUAUUUUUUAUUGAAAAUAAUAAGUGUUACAUAGAUACGGGCCUGUAACCAGCCUCCUAACCAAAAGGAUUUGUUCAGUGCUAGAGAUUUAAAGAUUUAUAUAAAAUUAUUUGCGAUAUUUCUUAGUUUCAGAGAGGACAUAAUUUUCCUGCAGUAUUUGAAUUUUUAUUAUCAGAUUUUUGAAAUAAUGUGUUAUCAGUAUUAGAUAUAAUUUCCUCUUUAAUUUGCCCCAUUGAGUUUGGCAUAACGUUUGUUAAUGAAUGUACUGCUAUUUCAGCUUGAACCAGAUUAUUAAUAGAAAUUAUAAUUUAAAAAUGUAGCUUUUUUUUGUUAACUAUGUUUUAAUUACCUUUUACAGAGUUUUUGUUCUGUAUAGUUGUUUAUGACUUGAACUUUGUUUUGGUGUUAAACUUUUGUAUUGACUUGGCAUUUAAACAAAAGAACUUCCAAACAAUGAAAUUAUUAAUCUUUAUACUAGAAAAUUUGUGGGAUGAUUUCAUAUAUUAACUGAAGUGUUUAAAUGGAAAAAAUCAAAUAUUAACUUUGACUACCUUUUAUAAUUUUCACAAUUGAACUCUAAAUUUAUUGGAGGUUGUAAAAAAAUUAGUUGAAAUGCUAAACUUGUUAGCAUCACAAGAAAAUAAAACACCAUGAAAAUAUAGUUCCUUGUUUGUUUGCAAAAUCAAGAAUUUCAAAAUUAAUAAACAAGCUCAGUCUUUAUGCCUGGGAUUUUCAGAGUGUAUAUUAUUCAUUAUCUUAUUGUGUGUGAAUAAAAUAUGUUAAAAGUUAGAAGAUAUGGCUGGCUAUUGCUGGUGUAUUGGUUUAUUUGUCCUUUUGAAUUUUCUUAGUGAUAAAAAUUCUACAUUCAUGCAGAAAAAUAUAUGUAUCCUUUCAAAUGAUUGUAAGUUUGUUGAAAUAAAUAUAAUUACAAUCUGACUAUUAAUACUUUCAUUUCAAAUAUUUAAGUGAUUUUACAUUGUUUUUCUCAUGUGUAGAAAGUUUUUUUUGUCUAAGGAUUGUAGUUAACAAAUCACACAUCCAGUAUUUAUUUUCACAUGUGAAUUAUUAUUACAACAUUUUUGUUUUUAAUCUAGAGUAAGCAGUGUGUGCAAUAGUUUUUGUAAAUUUCAAGAUGUGGUAAAAUUUGGCAGUUAUUGAAUUUGUUUAAGCUGUUGUCAACAAUAGUUGAGUUUGCAGUAAAUCUGAAGUUACUAAACUAAAGAGCGUCAUUUGACUGCAGGAAUUUUGGAACAUUCUUUAAUGAACCACAUACUAGCAAUAUAAAUGAGAAGUUCUUUUGUAAUGGUGUAUUUCAAAUUAAAAUUAUAAGCUACUUUAAAUCAUUUCAGGGUACUUUUCAUAGAUUGCUGAUUUGACUACAGCUAUAAUUAAAACAAAAGGUUAAACUAGUGAAUAAUGCUGAUAUUAAUCUGUUGGUGGUUUGUUAUAAUGGAAAUUGUUUUAUUAUCUAUUGGUGAUAUAAACUAUUAAUUUCAGUAAAUAAUAAAAUUGGCUACAUGACAAAACAUUGGAGUAAGUUUUGUAUUUGAAAUAUUUCAUGAAAUUUCUAGUUCCAUCAUAAACGGCAUCAAAAUUAUAAUAGGAAAAAAUUAUAGUAUAGUAGUACACGAGUUGGCAGUGGCUGCUCUUGACUAACUGCAUACCAUCUAGUCUGUUAGCUCAAAAUUAGAGAUUACUAUGUGCAGAUAGCUCUUUGUGUAACUUUGCAUGAAAAGUUUAAAACAAACAAGUACUAAACUCCAUUAAUAAUUUGAUCAGAUCUACACACUGUUUUGCUGUGGUAGCUCAUUAUAAAUCAUGCAUUUUCAAUAAAUAGAGUAGAACAAACUGAAAGAAUUUAUUUACCACUUUUUUUUUUUUUAAACAGGUAAUUUUGAGCUCAAUGUUUUUUUUAGGAAAUGUUACUGUAAUAUUUAGUUUAUGGAAAGUUAACUCAAAAGUUUAUGAUCUUCUAAUAGAAAUUGAUAUUUCAACCAACAUUUGAUUUUGUUUCAUCAAUAUUAUAAAUUUGGAACAGCAGUGGAAUUAGAUAAUUGAUUAUAGUUUAGGUAUUGUGUAACUGAUGUGAUUCUGAGUUGUACACACAAAACAGAUGAUUAAUCAGAGUAUCAAUAAGCUUCCAUCUUAAAACUUUAUAUUUUGGGCAUAUAAGAUCUUAAAUGUAAGUUACAAAUUAAAAAGGUCUAAUAAUAAUUUCUUGAUUAUCAAUAAUAUUUAUUUUAAGAAAGGCCAAUAAAUAAUCUUGGUUUAUUUUUAAUAGCUCUAGUAUUAGCAGGGAUGUGGAGAUGCAUUGCACUUAUUUUUGUGCUUCAUAUUGAAAAAUAUGUAUUUUAUUGCUGGUUUGUUACACAUUAGCCAAUCUGUUUAUCAGAUCUAUAUGCAGAAUAUUGAAAAAAGAAACCUUUGUGUGGUCUGUAGUUUUCAAAAGAUUUUAAUGUUGAAGAUAUAGUUCUGAAAGGUAUAACCUUCUGUGAUGAAGCUUCUCUGUGUUUUGUAUAAUGCACUUUCAAUUGUAUCUUGUUUCAAGGUUUUAGUUUUAUUUUUUCAUGUGUACAUGUAGAGAUUUUAAGUAUAAUUCUAUGUACCGAAUAAUUGAAUUGUAAUGACAACUUGCAAGAAUGAGCUGCUUAAGUAUGAUUAAAAUAUGUAAUGUAUA